GGCGUGGCGUUCACAAGAAGUUCCGCCUCAAGGAGUCGAAUGAGCGUAAACAAGACCUGUCACUGAUUGGAGGGAGGCGCUGUCAGUCACCGCAGGGGGCGGCAUUCUGUGCCGGUAGCCACGCCCACACUGGAGUGAAUAUUAAAAGCGAGUGUCUGGCUAGGGGGGGGUAUACAGAGACAAGUAGAUAGGGCGAGCUGUAUACUGGGGGACACUAGUGCAAUAGAUAGUACUGGGGGCAGAGCUGCGAAUUUCAUUGGGUGCAUUGAGCGGCGGGUCUCCCCUUUAAGAGCCAGUCCUGCCAUAAGCUUGCAUCAUAUUGAGGACCUGCUGACCUGCAGAGCUGACAAUCUAAGCAGUGACUACCUGCUGACCCUUCACUGACCUGCUGCUGCUGCCGGGAGUCCCUGCCAUCUGCUGCUGCCUUGACAACAGCUGGACAUCAGAGGUAAAGAAGCUUUUCUCUGCCCCUCAAUAUGAAGUUCGCCAGGUUCCUGCUGAAAAAUGCCGCUCUGGCCAACGCCCCCAAACAGAUCGAGAGGUUCAGCCGCUACUCGCCCUCACCCCUCUCCAUGAAGCAGUUCAUCGACUUCGGGUCGGCCAAUGGCUGUGAGAAGACGUCCUUUGUUUUCCUGCGUCAGGAGCUUCCGGUCAGACUGGCGAAUAUCAUGAGGGAGAUCUAUAUCCUUCCCGAUCCAUUACUGGGGACGCCUUCAGUACAACUGGUCCAGAGCUGGUAUAUUCAGAGCUUGAUGGAGCUGAUUGAGUUUGUGGAGAAGAGUCCAGAAGACCAGCGGGUGUUGUCUGAUUUCACAGAGACGCUGGUGAAUAUCCGGAAUCGUCACAACAACGUGGUCCCCACCAUGGCCCAGGGGGUGAUCGAAUACAAAGAAGCCUUCGGAGUGGACCCCGUGACCAAUCAGAACGUGCAGUACUUCUUGGACCGCUUCUACAUGAGCCGCAUUUCCAUCAGGAUGCUGAUCAACCAGCACACCCUUCUGUUUGAUGGCGGCACUAACCCUGCGCAUCCCAAACACAUUGGAAGCAUAGACCCAAGCUGUGAUGUCGUGGAAGUUGUACACGACGCCUUUGAGAAUGCCAAGAUGCUGUGUGACCAGUAUUAUCUAGCGUCUCCUGAUCUUGACAUAAAACAGACCAAUGGUAAAGCUCCUGGGCAGCCCCUAAAUAUCGUCUAUGUGCCCUCUCAUCUCUACCACAUGCUGUUUGAGCUGUUUAAGAACGCCAUGCGGGCCACAGUGGAGAGUCACGAGAGCAGUCCCUCCCUGCCACCCAUUAAAGUGAAUGUCGUCCUAGGGAAGGAGGACCUCACCAUUAAG